UGGCAACAGCCAAGAAGUGUCAGGUGUCAGCUCUGGAGCCAAUUCGAACAGCAGCACUUCUGGCAACAGUCAAGAAGUGUCAGGUGUCAGCUCGGGAGCUACUUCUGCCAACAGUUCUUCAGUAAACAGUCGCGAACAGUCAGUAGUCAGCAAAGGACCUUCAUCAAUCAGUGGCAACAGUCAGGAACUUGCCUUAUCAUCAUCGUCAGCCACCUCCGUGACUCGCAGCCAGGCAGAGGCUGCUGACAGCAAUAACAGGAACUCGUCGUCAGCAGGGCUGGCUCGUCAGCUGGGCCCCGGUUCACCGCUGACAGCUGCUGUCAUGCUGGGCGCCCCUCUCCUGGCGGGCGCCAUAUAUGCUGGCGCCAGCGCCCCCAAUGUGCCGGGAACUCGUCGUCAAGAUCAGGACGCUGGAGGCGCGGAUGAACCAUAUUGGCAGAGGCUCAUUCAGAGGACAGUUGGCAACAUUAGAAACACUGCGAGUUACGUUGAAGGACAAGUUCGCGAUUUUUUUGAGUUGGACGGAUCACGUGACCAAACGACUGAUGACCAGGCCGGAGAAAUGGUCGGGGUUGUGCCUGGAAAUGCACCUCCAGGCAUAGUUCAGCUUAACCAAAACCAGGUCUUGAGACCGAGAAGGAGGAAGAAAAAACCAACUGCUGCUGGAAACCAAGCUUUGGCACCCAACGGUGACAUGCAAAUCAGGCUGCCCUAUAUUGAUGGGUCUCCGGUGUUCCAUAACAUUAGGGUACUUGAUCAGUUGGGCACAGCAGGAGUUGCAGGAGGAAUAGGGGGUUUCGCUGGCGGUGUUGGUGGCAUUCCUGGACUCGGUGGACAGGUCGGCUACAAAAAAUCUGCCACAGGACAUCUACAUGAUCCCUUCACUCCUGUGAGACAAGAAAAUAACCCCGUGUUUUACACUCCUGAGGGUCAUCCAUUUAGGCCGGCCGUUAAUUCACCUCAAGUUUUGGGUUCUAAGAAGGAAAGUGAUGGUCUUCUUGAACAAGGUAUUGAGAAUUCGCUUCUUCAUCAACAUUAUAUCGACGCAGGAGUUCCAGUUUCUGGUCAAGUACCUGGAUUGGCAUCUCUUGGUUCGCAAAGGCUGCAUUCGGAACAAUACGUUAGGAUUGCCGAAACAGGACAAGUAGUUCCACUUCGGGCGCUCCAUCCUCAGCUAUUGGAAACUAGGCUCCAGUCCGACACCCUUCCUGUCAGACGAUUUGACGGGGCUCUCUCGCGUCAGCUGAGUGCACCAGAGCUUCUCGCUUUGUCUCAACAACAAGAAUCUAUUGGACUUAAUGGGAAUGUUCGGCAAUCACAGGCCGUAAAUUCACCUGUGCUGAUCAGUGAGAGACGGAGAGGUAUUGACUCGCAAGGAUCCGAAAAUUUCCCAGAAAGGAAAAGCGUACAGAACUCGAGUCAUUUUUUAGGCAAUUCCGGUGAUGCAGUUCCCAUGGUAGGACCCGGCCUACAAAUGGUUGACGGAACUGUACAAUACCAAGCAGAAGAUGGAAAAAUGCAUUUGCUUGGGAUAACUGCUGGUAACGAAAAAGUUAAACGUCGAAAGCGUCCAACACGGCCUGGUAAAAACAAAAAUCUGAGGUUGAAAAAUGUCAGAAAAGAUGCUCCUAAACUUCCAGCGAUAUCAAUUAGACCAAAUCAACCCAGCAUAAACCUAGCCACAAAUCUGCCUAUGCCGUCGAUCAGCGCCCACGAACAAAGGCCGUCGCCACACACUUUUGCUAUGCUGCCUGAAACAAAAGCAGACGAUUUCAACGCGCAUGAUCCGUUAACAGUUCAGCUACGCUCAUACAACCACAAGUACACUGGAAGCAGCGAAGAAAGACAACAGUCUCCUAAUAGCCAUCGAUAUUUACUUCCGAACUCGAUAUCCAGCCACGGGCAGGUUGAGCAGGGAAUAAGGCAAACUCAGCAGCAAAUAAGCCCACAUGAUAUUCGAGAUUUCAUGAAAGUUAACAUGGAUUCGCCUGGUAGAAAAACAACAGAUGCUUCAACGAACUCGUUUGGAAAUUACACCACGAGAUUUCGAGUGAUAGAUUAUAAGGAAGAGCUGAGAAUUGCAAAAGAAAAGCUAAAUAUCUCUAACUUGGAGAAUGUGGGAACGGCUUCUAUGAAUUACGGAAACCUUAAACCAGAAUCUGUGAUCAGUAAAGUCGAGCUAGAAUCUAUUAAUAAACACCAAGCAUACUUGAGAGCAAUGAAAAAACAAUUACCGAGAUUUACUUCAAAAGAAUUAAUAGAACAUCGGCCACCCGAGCAGAAGACCAUUGAGCAGCUGAAGCCUCUGGCUCGUGAAGCAGCGGUCGAUGAUUUUUUAGACCCGCGUAACAGACUGAUAGUUGGUGGCGAUUUGUACCGCAAAGCAUAUCUUCCAGACACAAUGUCCGGUGAAGACAUUUCAAGUAUAUCAAGUCUUCAUUCCAGUCAAAGAGCAACCGAACACGAUAAAUUGCCUUUAUACAGAGGGGAUUUUUCAUCACAUCCAAUAAUGAAAUCUUCGGACACGGUGGAUUCUGUUCCAGGGGCUUCGAGGAUAUCAGCAAAAUUACAGAAUGAUAUUACCAGGCCUCCAAAUAGAACGAACUCGAAUGAUAAGAUGGAAGGACCCAAGCAGCUGGAUAUCGACACCAGUGAUAAUAAUCUACACCAAUCAAAAAUUCGUGCGGAUUCCAAAGAUCCUACAGAGAUCAAACCUUCCCCCAGCUCCACACGCACUGCUGACUCGGAAGAAGAACCUUUAGGAUAUCCGUUUUAUAAGUUCAAAAACCAAGGAAUUAGACCUCCGAGUAGCAUUCAGGACGUAAUAGCCCUCACAAUGGGCGCUGAGCCUGCGCAUGAUGAAGGUCGGAGGGAUCAUCGCAAUAGCUUGGAGUUCAAUCGAUUCAAGCCAAAUAAUCCACGAGCCUCACCAAGAAUUGACAAGAUUGCUAUGACACAAGAGACUGAAUUCCCUAAUGAUUAUAACUAUGAUUAUUAUCAUGAUAGGUUGCCUCUUCACCAACCUCAUCAUAACGCCCGGCCUAAGAGCAGCAAAACUCAAGGAUUACUUUACCAUCAAUAUAAGGAAAGGAAACACUCCGAAAACUCGGCUGUUGAUCACGCACUGCACAGUAUAAACCUAGGCAGACUUACUGGCACCGCGGAAAACUCAGCUUUGAAGAUACAACCAGCUUCGUUUGAGGUAUUUGAUAUUAUCGCAGAUGAAAGUAAAAAGAGAAAGAAAACCCAAGGAUACAAUGAUGGUUCGGCAGUUUCUGACAUGAAGGUGUCUGACAGAAAUCGGAACCAAGGAUCUGCCGGCGUUCACGUCUCUGUCAAAAGUACUGACGGAGUCACAACUUUGGAUGGACCUCAAAAUGAGGCUUACUUGCCUUACAAUUCGGAUAGUUUUCUGCACAAGAACGUCCCACAAAACCCAAAACCAAACGAGAAAGUCAAUACCAGAAUAAAUAGUGAUGAAGUGGAUUACGCGUAUGACCGCGAAAUUGCAAAACAAGAUGAAUCCGAUUACGUAUUCAAAAGCAAGGACAAAAUAAAAACUUUGUCUGAAGAUAAGGAAAAUCGAAACCCUUCGACCAUCAGUAGCGUACGAAUAUCCACGGCAUCAAACCCCGUGGCUGAAGAGUCGUAUGGCGACAGCGAGUACGACGAAACUCCAGGGCUGAGGAGGCGAAAAAUCGUUGGAUCUAAUUUGGGACGACCUUUUAGGAGACGGCGGCCAUCAUCAACAACAGUCAGGCCUGCAAGCGUUGAAAAUAAAAAUGAUGAAUCAAUUAGCUUCAGACUCAAUAAUCGACAAAACUUACCAAGAAAGAGUUUGUCUGCUGAACUCGGUGACUAUAUCCGCACUAAAACAAAGCUGCCUCAAAGUGUCGUGACUACUCAAAAAAAAAGUGACAUCACAAGGGAUUCGGAAGAAGACGAAAUAAAAGUACCCGAAAAUAAUCAGUCCGCUGACAUGACUCAGACGAGGUCCAAGAGAAGAAAACCUAUUGGUAGAAAGAGGUUGGGUAAUCUUCCAGCUGCCAAUCAACAGACAGACGAUGAGUUGACGGGAAUACCAAGCGCUGCGAGUUCAGGCCUUAGACGAAGAAGACGACCUCUAGAAAAUCCAACGAAAAAUAAUCCAGUAUAUAUUGAAGAUAAAAACAGUCCUCCCUUCGCCCAAGAUUACACAGAUCCUGAAUCACGCUAUAGAACUCGAGACACAACUGAUCUUGAACAACAAACUUACGAAGAACGAUAUAUGAGACGUAAAAACUACAAAAUCAUGGAUCGUCAACAAGAGAACAUGGAGAAAGAAUACAGUGUUGAAGGAACUCAGUAUCCUGAUGAUGAUGACAUGAGUGUCAGCCCUUCAGUCAAAAACGAAGCGACCAGGAAUUUUAUGGGCAUAAAACGAAACUCAGCUCCUAAAUUUGGUGAAUUCAAAAAGAAUUAUGACACUACUAUCGAACUUCUCAAGGCAAAACGAGAUUCCAUUGGACCCAAAAGUACGACCCCUCAGCAGGAAGACACAAUUCCUUCUUCUCCGUCGCCCUUUCUGCCAACACAUGCAAGCCGCGGCAAAGUGAAAAGAAAUCACGACGAUGCAAUUGCUGAUAGAAGCAACUCCAGUGUAAAGGAGCCUCACGUUAUAACUAUUGAUGACAUCAGCGGUCAAGAUAAUAGGUUGUCUCCUAGAAUAAAUCCGUUCACAAGUACAACACCAAGUGGACCUUCAUUCAUGAAAAGAAUUCAAGAUAUUAGUGAUGAAGAUAAUCCGAUUAUUUCAAAUUUGAAAGCCGUUUUUCUUGAAAAUGCUAACGAACAUCACAAGCCGAUGAAAACUUCUUUCUGGCAUCUUGGCGUGCCACGAACAACCGAACCUGUAGAAGCUCUUACCACUUCCACUACUCUAACUCCUGGAGUGAAGAAAGUGCGAAGAAAGAAGCUAAGAAAUUCUGAAUAUUCCCAAAUUUCCCGUAUGGGUUUGCCUCUGAACAGCGUCGAAAUAAUAACCGGCAAAAUUUCUAAUUCAAAUCCUCCUAGAACUCCUCACCUAAGGCAGCAUGGCGCUUUCUUGGUAGCUAAAACAUCAUCUAACACGGCUCCUGAUAUCGCAAUUACUGCCGGAGGCCAAAUAAAUGAGAAAGAAGAAAUAGAAGAUCAGUACGAAAGUUUGUCUGACCUUAUGCCUAUGAGGCUCGUGGCACCUCACCCGGAAACUUUAAACUCCGUGACUCCUCUGGCUCAAGUUGGAGAUAACUUCAGUGGUAAAACCAUGAACUUUAACGAUGAAGUUCGCCAAGAAGAUAUUCAGGCUGAUAAAUCCGGUGCAGCUGUUAAUUCUGUGCCAAAACAACACGAGACCCAAAUGGAAUAUGGAGAAUCCUUUACACCAAACAAAAUUAUUUUACCGAUCAAAAAUGCAAGUAAGUUUGCAAUUGCAAGUGAAGCUUCAGACGAGUCCCUGGUAGCUAUUGGAGAGAUCCAGCUACCUGGAACUGACCGCAAAAUUAUCGUUAAAACUCCUGUUCCGGAAUUUUUUAACUCCGGUCCUGGCUCCGUUGUUGACGUAUUUAAAAAUACAAAAGAGGAUCAAGUCGACAAAGCAAGUGAUGUUUUGGAACAAAGUACUAAAAAUUUUGCACCAAUUUCCAAGAGACAUUUUUUCGAGCCAGAACCAUACCACCCAACUACUGAUCGCUCAUCGCUGGCUUCCUUCCCUAAAUAUCUGGGACCUAAAUUAUCAGCAAAAACUUUCAUGAUCGAAGACGACAGUUUGGCCUAUGAUCAAUUGUCAACGCCGACAAGAGAAGAAUCUCAGGAAAUGAGUGACACUUCAAUCGCGGUCGCACAGAGCAACAUUGUUUCCAUCAGCACAACUCUUCAAGCAACUCCUGAUGCCAAGCAAUCUGCGCCAGCUGACGACCAGCCUAACACCGGCAAUGAAAAAAAAUCAGGGAUAAUAAAACCCGCAACAGACGUAGACGGCGACUCGCAACAUCAAACAACAUUGUCCCGGGUAAAUAGCAACAACGAUGAAAAUAAUCCCGAAGUUCAACUCGACCCCAACCAACAGUCCCAUAAAAUCAAAGAAAGAAAUUUGAACGAAAACAAAUUGAACUCCAAAUUUGAAGCUACUCAAAAUAAACCUUUAUUGGAAAACGUAUCUUCUCGUAAGUUGACGGUCUCUUCACCCAUUAAAAAAAUCGUUCUGUCGUGAUUUACUUCGAUAUAUUUUCAAUAAAAAAUUCACCGUUGCUUGAAUUAAUACGAUGAAAUUGAAUUAAUAAAUUAUUCUUAGCUCGAUCUCAUCUCGAAUUAAUUCAAAGCAUAUUCCUUCAAUUUUCAUUCAAUACACUGACCUAGAAAAAGAUUUGUAAUGAGCAAUAAUUUAAAAACUGUAAAGUGUAAAUCUUCCAAAAAAAUCCAGACUCAUUUUAUUGAAUGAAAGAAUUUGCAGCAGGCUUACUCUCAAAAAACAACCAAAUGAUCGUACAACAAUAACCUUGAGGUGGAGCGCAGAUUCGGGAAAAGGUUUUAAAUGCGAGGGAGUUGGGAGAUAAAAUUUAUGUAUUUAGACUGCAUUAUCUACAAUUAAGUUUCAUGCUAAUAAUUUAUCUUAAUAAUAAUUUCAUGCUAGUAAUUUAUAGUUGGCAUUAUAAGGGAGAUGAGACUAUUCUUAUUUAAUACACUAGGUUUUAAGUUGAAAACGCGUAGAAAUUCCGGCAUUUCACUAUUCUUUAUGCUACAGGUAUGCAUACUUUUUAACACGAAUUUAUCGCAUUUUGUCUUUAAAACGUUCAUCACUUUUAAGUGAGUUAUAGACCGUUUUCUCGCACAAAAUUUAUGGUAAGCAGCGGCAGAAGUCGCUGCGUUCUCGAAGUCAGUGUUCAUGCUAUUCAAUGUUCCGAUUUUUUGUAUGCAUCAAAUUUUGAAUUCAGACUUUCCGCCAUUUUGGCUCACGUUGCUUAACAUUUAACGUUUCAGAGAUCGGCUUUUAAUUCAGAUAUAUCAUGUGGCAUAAAAAGUUUCAAAUCUAGCAUAGAAAACUUCAGGAAGGGCAUUGAUUUUACGAAGAAUUCAAUAAUAUUUAUUUUCCUGAUUGUUUUAUUUCUUAAGUUAAUUUUUUUAUUAAUUGUAUAAGAAACAUUGGUUGCAGAAUAGUGAGGUAACCCAUAGACGAAGCACAUGAAAUCAGGAAUAUAUUUGUAGGUAGUUAGAGGCGAGGGAGAGGAAACACGAACUAGAAGCGGAAGCUUAUAAGAUAUUUAUUCCUUAUCCAAUAAGAUCGAUAUAAAGAAGUAUAUCUAAAAUAUGUUAUAGGCGUCAUGUACUACACAAUUGUUGUAAAUGAACAUUCAUAUGGCCAUUGCUGACAUUGAUUUAAACUUUAAAUUGAUGUACGCCUGUUAUUGUAAUUCAAUAUACGAGUUUCUUAUACAAAUUUA